CUAGAGAGAAGGCGGAAGAAGCGAGUGGCAGCGCGGCGACCACCGAGAGAAACCCCUUCCUGCACGCCAGGCGCUGAGAAGGAGCCAGGCAGGGCGAGCCACAGAAGCUGCCCGGGAGUGCCCAGCCCCGCGCCGGGAGAGCUCGCUCCGUGUCCCUCUUACUCCCUGCCUCGCCCCGCAUCCGUGAGGGCGUGCGAGGAAGAGGAGGUGGUUGUUGUUGUGAGGCGAUGUACCCUCUGGGCUCCACCUGGAAUAUCUCCUUCGCGGGCUGCGGGUUCUUGGGGGUGUACCACAUCGGGGUCGCCAGCUGCCUCCAAGAGCACGCGCCUUUCUUGGUGGCGAAUGCCAAGAACAUUUAUGGCGCCUCGGCCGGAGCCCUGACGGCUACAGCCCUGGUCACUGGAGCCUGCCUAGGUGAGGCUGGUGCAAACAUCAUCCAUGUCUCUAAGGAGGCUCGGAAGAGGUUUCUUGGCCCCUUGCACCCCUCCUUCAACUUAGUGAAAAUCAUCCGUACCUGCCUAUACAAGACCCUGCCAGACAACGGGCAUGAGGUGGCCAGUGGACGCUUGGGCAUCUCGCUGACGCGGGUCUCAGAUGGAGAGAAUGUCAUCUUAUCGGAGUUCAGCUCCAAGGAGGAGCUUAUCCAGGCAUGUGUUUGCAGCACUUUCAUCCCAGUGUACUGUGGCCUCAUCCCUCCCAGUCUUCAAGGAGUGAGGUAUGUUGAUGGAGGGAUUUCUGACAACCUGCCACAAUAUGAGCUGAAGAACACCAUCACGGUGUCCCCUUUCUCUGGGGAGAGUGAUAUCUGUCCACGGGACAGCUCCACAAACAUCCAUGAGCUCAGGGUCACGAAUACCAGCAUUCAGUUCAACAUGCGCAACCUCUACCGCCUUUCAAAGGCCCUGUUUCCACCAGAGCCUCAGGUUCUGCGGGACAUGUGCAAGCAAGGAUACAGGGAUGCACUGCACUUCUUGAAAAAGAAUGGUCUUCUCCAUCAUCCAAGACCCACCAACCCUUUGCUGGCUAUUGAAAAUGGUGCUGGGGUGAGGAAUGCUGAAGAAGAGGAGGAGGAGGAGGAGGCAGGGGAAGAGGACCAGCUGAGAGAGAAUGCUGCACUGGCAGAGGCUGAAGAUCACAUUCUUGAACACUUGCCUCCUAAACUGAACCAAGCUCUCUUGGAAGCCUGUGCUGAGAGGAGGGGAUUGUUCACCGGCAUUGCCAACCUGUUGCCUGUGCGCCUGGCCUCUACCUUGAUGCUCCCAUACACUCUUCCUCUGGAGUCGGCUCUCUCCUUCACUGUCAGGUUGCUUGAAUGGCUGCCAGAUGUCCCUGAGGAUAUCAGGUGGAUGAAGGAGCAGACGAGGAAAGUCUGCCACUAUCUGAUGAGGAAAGCCAAGAAGAAGCUGGGAAGCCAUCUCUCAGCCAGGCUGUACUACCACCUGGAACUCAGAAAAAGUCAAAGCUUGCCCCUCCCCUUGAGCAUCGGCUAUGGGGAGGCGCUGCCCAAGUGGCUGCGGAGUAACCUCUCCCUGACGGACGUUAUGACAAAAUGGGAGGAGUACCAGCGCCAGCUGAUGCUGGGGUUGUUCUGCAUCAACGUGGACCUGCAGGCAUCCAUCUUCCCAUCAGAAGGGCUGCAGAUGAGGCACCCGCCAGCAAGCUGCACACAAGAAAGCCUCCAGCUUUUCUGAUCUCGUUGCCACACUUUGGGCAGGGGAGGGUGGACAGCCGCUGCCUCUCAACAGCCUCCUAAUGGAGCUGUAACACCUGCUAAGAGACUUCUUAUUUUCUCAUUUGCAGAGUGAGAAUUUACAUCAAUAUAGCCAUUGUGCAACUGCUAAGCUGGUGGCUGCACAGUGUUCAAACCCAUAGCAAUGUGUUGGGCGUUGUGUACACUCUUAGAGAUGAUGGUGUAUAAAUGCCCAGCACAUGUGACAAAAGUGCUUGGUCUCUUGGUUGAACCAAAAGAGUUUUGCUUGGGACACCUUUUCAGAGGCCUCAUAUCAUAUUGAACUUGCCGUUUGUGAUAAGAGGAUUGGGACACAAAUCAGUACUCUGGCAUUGCUUUUAAUCUCCUUUGUUUUACAUCAGUGUUGUAAAAGGGUCUUUGUUUUGAAGAAAGCUGAGUCCCUCAUAGAUCAUCUUUGCCUGCGCUACACAGAAUAGUGAAAAGCAGGCAGGCUACAACAACUGGCUGCCAGAUUGGCUCUUGUUAUCUAAGGCAGCCCUUGGUUUUCAACUCUCAGCUGAUGCACCUUUUUAAAUGCCUGUGCCCCACAUUCUCUUUCAAAUCUAUCUGGGUGCCACUGCUCUUAAUAUAGAUGUUAGGAAUGUAGACUUGUAAAAAUGAACUCUUAGAACACUAGAGUUCCUUGUUCCUCUCAGGAUCACCCUCUUCUAAGGGACUUUUUUUUUUAACUAUGGAGAGAGAAAAUAUUAGAAGCUCUGAAACGUGCUUCGUAAGGGUUGUACUAAAAGUAGGCCCAUUGAAAUUAAUGGCCGUAACUAAUUUAGAUCCAUUAAUUUCAGUGGGUCUCAUCUGAGUAAAAUUGAAUUGAAUACAAUCGUAAAUGUAUGCUUGAGCUAUGCUGUUCUUUUCUUUUCGAUGCUCCAUGUUGUUUGGAUGAUGCUAUUUCCACCCACCCACCCAAAACAACACUACUACGUUAUUCUUCAAAUGUGCAGAAAGGAUGUAAAGAAGGAUAGAGGAAGAAUGCAGGAGCUAAGAGAGCUUAGUGUAUGUUUUUCAAAUGGUUUGUGGCUCAUCUGAUGAGCUGGAGCUGAGCAUGUGAGGAGAGAAGGGGUGUUUUGCCACUCACAAAAUGAAAGUGAAGCUGGAGGCCAAAACUGAUGCUGGCCAAACUGGAUUUAACCUCGAGGAAUCCAUAUGCACUUUGUGCCAGUGGUAUAUUUGAUCACUUUUGAAAGGACCUGGCAACCCCAACAGAAUUGUGACUGGUGUGGUGGUUAGUCAGGAGGGUCAGGAGCUGGAGGUCCUAAAAGGGAUGGCAGUACAGUGUGAAAAGGAGGAAAAGACUGCCAGAAGGUGUCAGAAGUGAAUGCACACCCUUCUUUCUAUCCACCUGUGUCAGAGGUGGGGAACCUUGCACUCUCCAGAUGUUUUUGGACUCCAUCAGCUGCAGAAAGCAUGACCAAUGGUCAGGGAAGGUGGGAGGCGUUGUCCAACAUCUGGUGGACCACAGGUUCCCCUCCACUGUACCACAGGCUAGUUCAGUGGAUCUUGAUUCCUGUUCUGCGAAUGAAACAGGGAUUAAUGUCUUAGGUUAACCUGAAGGGCUUCCCCCCUAUAGUUCACAGAGCCAGAAGGACAUUUAGUUACUUGCCAGGUUCUGAAGUUUUCUGAGCCAAAGAUCUGGUAUGUGUUCCCAAUGCUUUUGCAAAGUUCCCCACUUGCUGGAAUUGUUCACUGUAGUGUGUGAUAAAGGUUUAAGCACUCCAUGUAGCAGCACAUGUCCUGUCUGCUAUAUAGAACCCCUCUCCCUACAGAUGCCUUUCAGAUGUGAUAUACAGACUACUAAUUGUCUCAGCACUAAACUGUUAUCUCACAUUUCACUGCUGUUGCCUUGUUCAUGCUACUGCGUAGCCUAGCAGAGAUUUGCUGUGGCAGCAAAGCGGCAGCAUUCCUUAUCAUAUAGCAAUACUGUUUUCUGUGGCUUGCUUUUCCAUUGGCUUUGGGGCAUAUCUAUGUACCUGUAUACAUAAUAUAAAUAUAUAUUUCUUCCCUGUUGUGAUUUGUACCAUGAAAGCACAGAUAGGUUUGUGCUACAGGGAGAAACAAGUCUUUGUAUCUGUAAUGCGCGGAGGUUGACUUCCUUUGCACACUAACCUACCAUCUUCGAUCCUCUCACAACGCAGUCAGUCAGUUGAAUGCCAAAGAGAACCCAAGGGGUAUUCAGGGGCAGAGGGAGCUGGCACAGUACAUAUCAGUUAAGCAGUGUUAAUAGAGAUGCAAGUCAGAGUGCCACUGCAGAACAAAGGGGUGGGUAUUCUUUGGUAGGCAUACCUCACUACUCAGUGUACAUUGAAUAGAUUUGCGUUUUUGUUCAUUCCAAAGCAUCUGAGUAGUGGUGUGUUGCACUGCUGAGCUUUAUGAGACUCUUUGAGGCCCACGAGGUACAUCCUUGGGGCACUUUUUUUUUUUAAGAAAAGAAAAUUCAGAGUAUAAUGAUUUGAAAUGGGCUCAAGUCAGGACAUUAUGACUUUGUAGUGCAUUUUUUUUUUAUGGUGGCCAAUACUAGGAUUUAUAGAAAUGCUUUCAUCUGCAGAGCUUCUGGAGUGACACAGCUGCUAAACAGAUUUUGAGAAUGAGUAGCAUUAUGAAAACCAUCUUGACGCUAAAAGAAAAAUAUUCCAAUUCAUAAUUGACUGCUCAUGUAGCAUAAGUGCCUGCCUUAACAAUUUUGUAAGUAGUUUAGAAACGUGGAAUUAUUCAAGUAUGAAGCCUUUGUGACUAGGCAGGAUGGGAGUGGUGAGCAUUUGGCACUAGCCAAUGCAAUAGUCCCUCUUCUAUAACUUUAUGUAAACACACAGGGUGGCAAGGAAUUUACUGUUCUCUCUACAAACAUUUGCCUUGGAGCUCUAGCUGCGGACUUAACUUUGGAGAUGUUGCAUGUGUGUUUAGUUUUAUGUUGGUUGAGAAAACAAUGCAGCCAGCAGCUAUUUGUGCAGAGGAAAAUUUAGAGGUCCUCUGCAUUUUAACUGAAAUAUAGUCUGUGGUGCCAUUUCUGUGGAGGGCCUUACCUAAAAAUGGAACUCCUUAUUUGGAGGAAGACAUGCUGUUAAAUUGUUGCUACCUGUUUCAUGCAAAUGUUUGCAUGAUCCCCUGUAUUCUCAUUGGGAGGGGGGAAAUGCUCAUGAAGAGCGCAUCAUAGUAAACAUCUAUCUCACCCGUCUUCCAUGAAAUAAUAGCAAGCAUCUCUAAGCAGGGCUCUUGGAGUCAACCUAUUGAAAUACUGCAAGUCCAUGGAUUUCAGUGGGUCUGCUCUGAGUGUGAUUAGCAUGAAAUAGCACCCAGAAUCUUUUUUCUCUUAAGGAGUGCUUGUAUAUCAAAAAGUCUCUUCUCUCCUAUAGAAAGAUGAUAAUAGCUAGAGACUUCUUGUAAUUCAUGUGAACUACCAUUUGGUCUGCUCCAAGUAAUAUUUUUUUUUGGGGGGGGGUUCUUGUAUUUUGAAAUAUUCAGAAAAAAAGACAUUGCCUUCGUCAUCCCAAAUUCUGCCAUGUGCUAAUUUUCCCCUGUUUUAUCAUAAUGUAAAUGUGAACUUCUUUCCUGUAAGAAAACAGUAAACAUGUUUGUAUGUGUACAUAUAUAGUCAACCACUAACUUAUUCAACACUGUAUCUUAUGCUGUUGUUUUUUUAAUGUCUUGCACAAUUUAAAUCGGGUUCCCAGACUAUGAUUUGUGGACCACCAGUAGUCUGCUAGCUUCAUCUAGGUGGUCUGUGACAUGUAUGCAAAGAACACUUACAAUUUGAAUUCUAGGGGAUUCAAAUUGUAAUACAUUAAAAUAUAAAAUAUAAAAGAAGCAAUAGAAAUGAAAUUAAAAAUCAUACAGCAUCUAGCGCAGCACACUGCAGUUGCUAGAACAGGCGGGGGGAUCAUUUUAGUCACUCAGCAAUUUUUGAGUGGGAAAUAAAGUGUGGGAACCACUGAUUUAGGUUUUUCUAGUAAGUUGCUGCUUAAGGCAGAAUGAUUAUACUACUGUGUUUGUUUUGCUGCUAAUAUGUUAUAAUUUAUAUGGCCUCUUCUGUAGCAACCCAUCUGGUCAGAUGGGAAAAUAACCAGGGUUAUAAAUGCUUGUUUCAUCAAGUAAAAUUCAGUAUUUUUUCCUGCUUUAAUUUUUAAUUGCUUUAGUUGGACGAAAUCCAGAUUUUAUUGCCAAAACCUAGUAUUUUGACAUGCAUUGGGUGUUUGAAAGGAAAAGAGAUCCAUGAUGUUCUUUAACCCUAACUUCUUUAAAAAAACAAAAACAUGUUAAAAUGCUAUGGGCUAGGUUAGUCUCGGCUCUAAUAACCACCAACCUGUAAAUUAAGCACAAGUAGUAAGAAGCUAUGCACCAUAGCUGUGUGCUAGCUGGGGAAGCCAACCUCUCCCACUUUUUGUCUUGGAAAAGGCUUUGUAAUGCCAAAUUUGGAGUCUUUUGGAUAAAGGCUGAAAUAGGGUGACGCAGGUGCAAGCUUUUGCGUGACUUGGCACUUAAUAUACGGUAGUUUCCUCAGACUAAAGAAUGGCAUCUGAUUACACCAGAAGCCAAUGGAACAAUAGCUUGCCUUAAUGGCUUGCCUGUAUCUUGCUAGUGUAGCAUUGUUCUCAAGUUUUCACAGUGCCUUUUCUUCCUUUUUUAAUGCCACUUGCUGCUGCUGUCCUUACAGCACCCAUUCCUCUCCUGUUCUCUCUAUAUCCAGUUUCCUUGCAACCAGUAGCAGCUUGUGGAUUAGUAAUGUUGCCACAGACGCUGUGGUUGCUGUGACAAGGGACUGGUGUACUCUCUGUUCCACUGAUGCACACCAGCCUGACCUGCAAUCUGCAGAAAAUCCAAAGUGCCAAAUAGAGAAUAAGACCCAACCUUUAGAACUAAUUUUAUUUUGUAUUAGUCUUACUUGAGACCAGAAAUCUCUGGGCUGAUUUGGGGGGGGGGUGUACUCUGAUGUGAUUGUGCACUUGUGGGACAGCCUGUCAUAGAUCAAUGUUAGCACUUGCUCACGAGUAACAUAUUUUGUCUGAAGUCAGAGCAGCAACAAGAUUAGUGAGGAAACAAUUUUAUUUUACAUGGCGAUUAUCAUUAGGGAGCAUUUUAGUAGUCAUUGCUUGAAUAGUUCCAUGUUUGAUAUUGUUAUGCUUUGCUUCCCCCCCCUUCCCCAUGUUUUAUUGGAAAUGUGUUAAGUAUUUAUUUUGAAACGAUAUACCUCCCUAAUAAAAUAAUUCCUAAAAAUGUGAA